AGCGUGGAACUGGACGCGGAGAGCCCGAACAAAAUCAGAGAGGUCGUUGUGGUCGUACGUGACAUGGACAGCCGAGGUUCCUUGUUCUUCUAUCUGAUCCAAGGAUCUCAUGCAGGUGAAAGGAAAGGUGGGUAGCGCGUCACUGCCUGCAAGUACGUUUGUAGAGAUGAAGGAGGUCGUCUGGUCCACAACGUCGAUAAGCCCACGGAACACUCCUCCCGCCGACAGCGAGUGCGCUCGACGACACUGUAUCAACCUCACCGGAACCUGCUCCUGGCCGUUUUCGUUUCUGUUGCCCAAGCAUGUGUUGCUGAAAGGCAAACAGUAUCUGCUCCCGCCAUCCUUCAGCGAACCGUCCGGAGUGCGCGUGAGCGUCCGGUAUGGGAUCUAUGUUAUGGUCCGGCGAGGCAGCUGGCAGGCGAGCACAAAGUAGGUAGACGUGCGGGGCGCUGAGAAGCGACAGUCCUGAAUAUUGUUUGACGCAGGAUGGGGACGAUGUUCGGAUAUACGCCCGCCACCAGUGUGGCUCCGCCGUCCCUGCUUUGGACGCUCGCCGAUAGGAAGCAGCACCUCAGCACUGACAGAGCCGGAUUCCUGGGACCGACGGUUAUGCGCGCUAGGGUGUUUCACGAUCGCGUCGUGAAGCUAACAUGUGAGGUGGGUGGCAGCUACGGCCCUUGGCGCGAGGAUCAAAUUUCUGACAAGAUCCGUUGCAUGCAGUUGUAUCUCGCAAAGCCCGUGAGCGCCCGCUGCAUCAUGCUCCCGUUCGGGGGUGCGUGGCUGAUCGAAAAUGUCCAGCUCGCAUACGCUCGUGGUACGGCUGUCCCCAUCGUCAUGUGGAUAAGCUGCGCGGACUCCGCCGCGCUAGCGCUUCUCGCACCGGACGCGCUGAGUAAGGCGGUCCGGCUCCGCCGCCACGUCUGGUUUGACCCAUUACUGGCCGGCCCUGAGGUGACGGUAAGCCUAACUGAUCCCGCUAGCAGGCCUGAUCCUAUAACGAAACCCGUCCCCUACAAUAGUGCGUGCAAUCGGCGGAGUUCCGGUUGGUCGAUGAAAGCGUCGACGAAACGGGUUUGAGUACUCGGCGGUUCGACGGCAGGAUCGCCCUUCCCGAGGAUCUCAGCCCGACCAGCGCACUUCCGCACUUCUUUCUCCAGGUUCGUCUCGCGCAUCCUUUCCGUAAUAAAGGGCCAACUAAUGCUCGGAUGCGGUGCGGCACUCUACACUGUAGUACUCCGUGGCACUCUUCGCCCCCGUCGUGCCUUGCUUCGUGUGCGUGAACGGUGGAGGUAUGCCCCUCAUAAGCCGUCAUGUCGCCAUAGUCGGCAUGGGCGCACAGGUCGUGACCCAGGGUGAUCAGCGCGCCCGAAUGCACUAUCGGGAGGUGAUUGGGAGCCAAUAUGCAGCGUAAUCGGAGGAGGAGACCGCCGCAUUGCGCGUGAGCAUCCUUUCCACCGAGACGAUACCGAACGGUCGAAUUGGAGGAGAAAUGAUGUCAUACGGACUUCGAGGUCGAAGACAUGCCUGAUUUCCGUCUGGAGUGCAGAGCCGAGCGGAGUACUAGUAGCCAAACCUAUGCUGAACACAGUUUCAUGGAGGGAAGAGAGCUGCGAGGUAACUCGCGGUAAGACCUGCUGUGACAUGGCAUCCCAGUCCCAACCGCGCACAGAAUGGAGAAAACCGCGAGGCUUCCAUGGC